CGCAAGCCACGGUGUUAAGUUCUGAGGUCAGUUUCUUGCCGGAGUGCGAGGAGUGUUUGUCGGAGUUCUUCAUCGUCCUUAAAAAGUUGUCCUAUUUCUGAAAAAAUGAGAGAAAUUGUUCAUCUGCAGGCCGGCCAGUGCGGUAACCAAAUUGGAGCAAAGUUCUGGGAAGUGAUUAGUGACGAGCAUGGCAUUGACCCGACUGGAACCUACCGCGGGGACAGCGAGCUGCAGCUGGAGCGGAUCAACGUUUAUUACAACGAGGCAUCAGGUGGCAAGUAUGUUCCCCGUGCUGUUCUGGUGGACCUAGAGCCGGGUACAAUGGACUCUGUGAGGUCCGGCCCCUUUGGUCAGGUGUUCAGACCGGACAACUUUGUGUUUGGUCAGAGCGGAGCGGGUAAUAACUGGGCCAAAGGCCACUACACCGAGGGAGCUGAGCUGGUGGACUCGGUUCUGGAUGUGGUUAGAAAGGAGGCUGAGAGCUGCGACUGCCUCCAGGGUUUCCAACUCACACACUCUCUGGGUGGAGGCACGGGCUCCGGCAUGGGCACGCUCCUCAUCAGCAAGAUCCGAGAGGAGUAUCCGGACCGGAUCAUGAACACUUUUAGUGUCGUUCCCUCACCUAAGGUGUCGGAUACAGUGGUGGAGCCUUACAACGCCACGCUCUCUGUCCACCAGCUGGUGGAGAACACCGAUGAAACCUACUGCAUAGAUAACGAGGCGCUGUAUGACAUCUGCUUCCGCACCCUGAAGCUCACCACACCCACGUACGGCGAUCUCAACCACCUGGUCUCAGCCACCAUGAGCGGCGUGACCACCUGCCUGCGCUUCCCCGGCCAGCUCAAUGCUGACCUGAGGAAGCUUGCAGUCAACAUGGUGCCCUUCCCCAGAUUGCAUUUCUUCAUGCCCGGCUUCGCCCCUUUGACCAGCCGAAGCAGCCAGCACUACAGGGCUCUGACUGUUCCAGAACUCACCCAACAAAUGUUCGAUGCCAAGAACAUGAUGGCAGCUUGCGACCCGCGUCACGGUCGGUACCUUACCGUCGCCGCCAUCUUCAGAGGCCGCAUGUCCAUGAAGGAGGUGGACGAGCAGAUGCUGAACGUACAGAACAAGAACAGCAGCUACUUUGUGGAAUGGAUCCCCAACAAUGUCAAAACGGCGGUCUGCGACAUCCCCCCACGGGGCCUCAAGAUGGCCGCCACCUUUAUCGGCAACAGCACGGCCAUUCAGGAGCUGUUCAAACGUAUUUCAGAGCAGUUCACCGCCAUGUUCCGGCGCAAGGCUUUCCUUCACUGGUACACCGGUGAAGGUAUGGAUGAGAUGGAGUUCACGGAGGCUGAAAGCAACAUGAAUGACCUGGUGUCUGAGUACCAGCAGUACCAGGACGCCACUGCAGAGGAAGAGGGAGAGUUUGAGGAGGAGGGAGAAGACGAGCUGGCUUAGAAGAUGGUGUUUCUUCAGAUUUUCUGACAUGUUCAAGCUUUAAGUAUAAGAAAGGAGGUAGUUGCAUAGUUGUAGUUUUAGAUGGAGACAUGUUGAGUUUCAGAUGAGUUCAAAUUUGUGAUAUUAUAGGUGAUGUGUGGAUGCUUGUGUGUUAGCUUCAUUAGGUGCACACAAGAUUCACCUCUGGCUAUAAACAAGUUGUUUCAUAUGUUCCUCAGCAUUUAUUCAUUUUCCCUUUUAUCUGAUAAGCUCAAUGGUUCAGCAAAAAAUCAAUCCUGCUUGUUUGAGUAAACAAAAAAGGAAAACAUGCAGGGCGGGUCUUUUUGUGGACCAGUCUGGAAUCGCUGCUUUAAAGGGUUCAGUGUCAUGUUUCUUCGUCGCUUGUGAUACUUUUUCUGUAUUUAGAUCCGAGCUGUUAUGGUCAGUUGCUGGGUUGCGGUCACGUUGCCCGUUCCAAGUUCCACAUCCACUGUCGAGGAUCACUUCCUGCUGAUGUCGUUGUCUAUAGUGUCACUGUCAGCAUAAUCUGAAUGAUUUUAACUUUGUGUUUUGUUAUGUAAAGAGUAAAUACCAGUAAAAAAUCUUCAUUCUGAGAAAAGUC